AUUCAAUCUUCUCACGUGGGAAAUUGGGAAUGAGGAGGAAGGCGCUGAGGGGAGGUUUGCUCGCUAAAUUCGAAGAUUUUACUCAACUUCUGUAGAAAUGCGCAGGGGCAGGAUUGAACUAGGAGAUGUAACACCUCACAACAUCAAGCAAUUGAGGAAAUUAAAUUCUGUAAUCUUUCCAGUUAGUUAUAAUGACAAGUUCUAUAAAGAUGUUUUGGAGGUUGGAGAGCUUGCAAAGUUAGCAUAUUAUAAUGACACUGUUGUUGGUGCAGUAUGUUGUCGUGUUGAUCAAAUGGACCAUACAAGACGUCUUUAUAUUAUGACAUUGGGAUGUUUAGCACCUUAUAGGAAACUUGGAAUUGGUACAGUAAUGGUGGAACAUGUUUUAAAGAUUUGUGAGAAAGAUGGAAAUUUUGACAACAUUUACCUUCACGUUCAAGUUAGCAAUGAAGUUGCCAUUGAAUUUUAUAAAAAAUUCAACUUCGAAAUUAUCGACACGAAAAAGCAGUAUUACAAAAGAAUUGAUCCAGCUGAUGCAUAUGUUCUUCAAAAAACUUUACGAACGAAAAAAAAUUGUUCCAGCUAGUGCAUUUGCUCUUCAAAAAACUCUACAUCCAAAAAAAGUGAAUUAUGAACUUGACAGCCUUGAAGAUAAUUGAAAACAUCCUUCCUGUUGUGCCUGAUGAGUGAUUCGUUGCAAUUUGCCAUCCAUUCAUUUUAGGAAAGAAUACAAGUCCAUUGUAUGUCAUAUUUUCCUUCCUAAAUCAUUAUCAACCAUUGUUUAAUUUUCUCUUUUAAA